UCUCUGGUUUAGGGGUGGGACCCAUGGCGACAGGCAGUCCCAGCACAGGGAGGGUUAAGCAUCCUCAAUCCCCACCCUGCUCUGGCCCCUCCAAGUGUUUACAUCCUUCCAGAAAUAUUCAGCCUCCUUUCUGUGCCUCAGUCUUUCCCCUGCAGUUAUACUGAGGGGAAGGGAUGAGGGCCAGAGGCUGGGACCUAGGAGCCAGUAGACCCAGGGACCAGGGCGACUGAGGUGAAGUCAUGUGGCAGCUGCUGCUCCUGCUGGCCCUGUGGCUGGGCACAGUGGGCUUGGGCAGGGCCGAGCUCACAGCUGCCCAGCACCAGGGCCUGCAGGUGGCCCUGGAGGAAUUCCACAGGCAUCCGAGGGUGCAGUGGGCCUUCCAGAAGACCAAUGUGGACAGUGCAAUGGACAUGCCCUCCCAGGUGGGGACCUUCGUGAGGCUGGAAUUUACCCUGCAGCAGACGGACUGCUGGAAGAAGGACUGGAGGAAGGCUGAGUGCAAGGUCAAGCCCCAUGGGAGAAAGCGAAAAUGCCUGGCCUGCAUCAAGCUGGACACUGAGUCUAAAGUCCUGGGCCGGAUGGUCCACUGCCCCAUAGAGACGCAGGCUCAACAGCAGGGGCCCAAGGAGCACCAGGAGGCCCAGUGCCACAGGGUGGAGCAGGCCAGAGAGGGACCCCACAGAUACUACUUCCCAGGACAAUUUGCCUUUCUCCAGAAACCUGCCUCCGGCUGAGGCACUGACCGAAUUUCAUCUUGCUUUCUGGACAGCUGUGGGAGGCGACCAGUGAAAGUCAGCCCUCCCUUCCCGGGCCCGGGGGGGACCAUCCAUGAUGCCAGAGCUAAUAAAACUGCUCUCAGAA